AUGUAUGAAAAUCCAGUGCAGGAAGUGCAAUCGGAGGGGCUCUCGAGUGAAGAACGGGAAAACUCCCUACCACCAAGUGGUGCAGAUGAAAAUCCCCCAAAACAAUUUGAACCGUACGAUGGCUGGAAUGAUAUUACUAAGGAAUUCUUCAACUGUGUUAAAGCGCUUACGCUGGGGGAACUGGUGCAUGACUCCACGUUCGGAUUGCUGGAUGCAAUGUCGGCUAUUGAAAUGAUGGAUCCGAAAAUGGAUGCUGGCAUGAGUUGCAAUAGGGAAGCAACGCCGCUAACUUUCGAUACAGCUGUGGAGACGGGGCAAAUAAAGCUGAACAAUCUGCUGCUGAAGGAAUCGAUCGGUAUCAUCGAUGCAGUGUACUCGUGUACGGUAUCGUGGCUUGAAGGACACUCGAUGGCUCAAACCGUUCUGACCUGUCUGUACUUACACAAACCGAACAAAAUCGAGUGCAAAACAAUCCGAUCAUUCUCGAUUGCAAUACAGAAGAUCAUCAAUCUGAUGCGGAAUAUUACGGGCAGAGCGAAUGUGUACGAGGAAGAAGAUUUCCAGCAUAGUUCGUUCGAUUACAAUCUGAGCGCGGAUAUUACGGAGGCGAAAGCGAUGAAUAUGUUGAAGAUAGCGGAAGAGGAACUUAUCAAAAAGACCAAAGACUCUGAAGAUGAACGGGAGAAGGAAGAAAUACAAGCACUGCUGUCAAGAGUUCGUUUCACCAGACUGUUUUUGCACAGUUUAGUGGGAUUGUAUCCACUGAAGCAAGGUACAACGUGGCAGCAUGGCCAAGAAGUCCCAGCGCAAUCUACCGUUUCGCUGAAGACUGAAAUGAUUGACAUCGUGAAAUCACUAAAUGGAGCCUUGGAGCUAGCCCAGGUGAUAGAGAAAACGAUUGAAUUAGGAACACAACCGGAGGAAGGAUCGGAUGCACCUAACCCGAUGGGGUUUUCUAUGAUGGUCAAUCAACGUUUGCUUCCUCCGACGUUUCCUCGUAGUACGAAAAUAAAGGACCGCCAUCUAAGCAUACAAUACCUCAUAGAGCUAAUUCAGCGCAUUAAACAUGCGUGCAAAAUAAUCAACUGCACCAGCUACCACGCAGCACUGAACUUUCUGAUGGACUUCAAUAAAAAGUUUACACCGUGUCUGCUUUCCCGGAGCAUACCGCAAACACUGUACUUUCCGAUCCCACGAAUGGUAUUCGGCGUGAAACCGUUCACGGAGGUCCUGAAGGAAUCGGUAAAGGCUUUCAUCGCACCACCGGCACUGCGCCCGGACAAUGCUCUCUACAACAAUCCUUUUGCAGUCAACUGCAUCAACUCAUUCUUCGAAUAUAACGAGCCACCGUUCAAUUCGUUGUUUGCCAUCUGUGGCUACAAUCGAGCCAGGCAGCGUGAUCAUCUCGGGUACUUACUGCUAAAUUAUCCACACGUACAGGACGGCGCGGAACGGGUAGACGUGUACCUGCACUCGCUCACAGCAAGGAGUGAAAAUUCGCGACACUUAGCGUGCUUUGGCACCUGGGCGUUAUAUCACUGUCUUCGAGCAAUGUCCUUCUAUCUGCUGGCCGGAUUGGAGCUCGAGCUGUACAGCGUGCACGAGUAUCUGUACAUUUUCUGGUAUCUGUAUCAGUAUCUGUUCAGCUGGAUCGUAUCCGCGCUGACGCGGGCGGAUACGUUUCUGGCCGAGCAAGAGUAUGCGGCCGAUCCGAAAGCGGCCAAAUCGAACCAGAAGAAACCGAAGCCGAAAAAACGCAAGGCCAAAACGGACGUGAAGGAGAUACUCUUUAACGAAGCGAUGGAAACACUGUGCGGUGGUUACUAUAAAGCGUUGGCCGGAUUUAUCAAAGAGGAUCGCAUCCCCGAACCGUUGCCCAUGUUUGACAACGAACAGGUACGGUUCGAGCAUCGUUUUGCACCGUUUGCGAACCUCACCACACCGCCACCGAUGCCGUACAGUGAGUUUAAGCAGAUGAAGAUGAUAAUGUUGCAGUCGUCCGCAACGGAUCUGUAUGCUGCUGCGGCGAAACACUUCCACGAGGCACGCACUCUGCUCGAAACAUUUCCAAAUCCCGACGAGGAGUGGAACGAUAUAGUGAAGGUGGCCAAGAUGAACUUUGUCAUGAUGAACCUUCUGGCCAGUGGACACAGCCGACAGUCGAAGCUGCCGCCCGAGUUUGACUUUUCCUGCCACCGAUACUUCCCGAUCAUCAAGCAAAAGAAGUGA